AGCGCGCAGAGGGGACUCGAACAUAGAGCUGCUCUGGUGUCAUCAAUGGGAAGCACGCGAAGCGGAGGGAAGCGACAACGGCUACAGAAACGCACCUGAACCGAGAGCAUGGCGGCCGCGUCGAGCGCGCGGACCCGGAACGCGUGGGGCUGGACCGUGCUGGGCCUCGUGCUUGGGGCUCUUGUCUCCCGCGGGGCGCCGCACGACGCCAAGGAAGUGGUUCUCUUGGACUCCAAGGCGCAACAGACCGACCUGGAGUGGAUCUCCUACCCGCCAAAUGGGUGGGAGGAGAUCAGCGGUCUGGAUGAGAACUACACGCCCAUCAGGACCUACCAGGUGUGUCAGGUGAUGGAGGCCAACCAGAACAACUGGCUGAGGACUAACUGGGUGGAGAAGGGCCAUGCCCAGAGGAUUUUUGUGGAGCUCAAGUUCACCUUGAGGGAUUGUAACAGCCUGCCGGGGGUGGUGGGCACCUGCAAGGAGACCUUUAACCUGUACUACCACGAGACGGACUCGGAGUCGGGCCGGGGCCUGCGCGAGAGCCAGUACGUCAAGAUCGACACCAUCGCGGCCGACGAGAGCUUCACGCAGGGCGACCUCGGCGAGCGCAAGAUGAAGCUCAACACGGAGGUGCGCGUCAUCGGGCCGCUGGCGCGCCGCGGCUUCUACCUGGCCUUCCAGGACGUGGGCGCCUGCAUCGCGCUGGUCUCCGUCAAGGUGUACUACAAGAAGUGCUGGUCCAUCAUCGAGAACCUGGCCACCUUCCCCGACACGGUGACGGGCUCGGAGUUCUCCUCGCUGGUGGAGGUGGAGGGCGCGUGCGUGAGCGACGCCGAGGAGGAGGCGGAGAACUCCCCCAAGAUGCAUUGCAGCGCGGAGGGGGAGUGGCUGGUGCCCAUCGGGAAAUGUAUCUGCAAGGCGGGGUUCCAUCAGAAGGGGGACGCGUGUGAACGUGAGUGUUUCCCCGUUUUCUUUGUUCCUUCCGUGCUCACUGCCGCUGUGUGGGAGCGACAAAACGUAUUGGCCGCGUUUGUUCUGUUUAUUCACGUCUGA